AUGCAGCGGAGAGCAGCAAUGGUCGAGUCAGCGAGAUCCGCAGUGGAGCCGCACUGAGGCAAAGCAAGCCAGCCCCUUAUCUGGGGACUAGGACAACACAUAGUGGGAGAAAAAGAAGAGGAAUUUAGAAGUAAAUUGUAUCAACCCAACAACUGAAUGCCGCCUGUUCAAUCAGAUUAACCGGAUAACCGGAAUUCCACAACUCCUUGGACCUACAAGAUGACCGUUGUGGCAGGAGAUAACAUGGAUGAGACCGCAGCCGUACCGGGGCACCCGCAGGACGCGUACCCCCCCGACCAUGAAGACCACGACUGCUGCGAAAGAGUGGUCAUCAACAUAGCGGGGAUGCGGUUCGAGACCCAGCUCAAAACUCUCUCCCAGUUCCCCGAGACAUUGCUAGGCAACCCCAAGAAGAGGAUGCGCUACUUUGACCACCUGAGAAACGAGUAUUUCUUUGACAGAAACCGUCCCAGUUUCGAUGCCAUCCUCUACUAUUACCAGUCCGGGGGAAGGCUGAGAAGGCCCGUCAACGUCCCGUUGGAUAUGUUCUCGGAAGAGAUCAAGUUUUAUGAGUUGGGAGUGGAUGCCAUGGAGAAAUUCCGUGAGGAUGAGGGCUUCGUCAGGGAGGAAGAACGUCCUUUACCUGAGAAGGAAUUCCAGCGUCAGAUCUGGCUGCUUUUUGAGCACCCAGAGAGCUCGGGUCCGGCCAGAGGGAUUGCUAUAGUAUCUGUAAUGGUAAUUCUGAUUUCCAUAGUCAUAUUUUGUUUAGAGACUUUACCCGACUUGAAAGAGGAUCCUAAGGGUCGGUUUAAGACUGUAGGGAAUCAUACCUUUUACUACAAACCAAACAUCCUAACUGACCCUUUCUUCAUUAUUGAAACUCUUUGCAUUAUCUGGUUCUCGUUUGAGUUGAUCGUGCGUUUUUUCGCGUGUCCAAGCAAGGCAGUCUUCUCCAAAAACAUGAUGAACAUUAUUGAUAUAGUGGCCAUCAUCCCUUACUUCAUCACACUGGGCACGGAGCUGGCUGAGGACCCCGAAGACCAGGACGAGGGCAUGGGGGAGCAGGCGACAUCUCUGGCCAUCCUCAGGGUAAUCAGACUGGUCAGAGUGUUUAGAAUCUUUAAGCUGUCACGACACUCCAAAGGAUUGCAGAUCCUGGGACAGACCCUCAAGGCCAGUAUGCGCGAACUCGGAUUGCUGAUAUUCUUCCUCUUCAUCGGAGUCAUCCUCUUCUCCAGCGCGGUGUACUUCGCAGAGGCCGAGGAGAAAGGGUCGUUCUUCGGCAGCAUACCGGAAGCUUUCUGGUGGGCCGUGGUGUCUAUGACAACUGUGGGCUAUGGGGAUAUGGUGCCUGUCACUAUAGGGGGCAAGAUAGUGGGUUCCCUUUGCGCCAUUGCUGGUGUGUUGACGAUUGCGCUCCCAGUGCCUGUCAUUGUGUCCAACUUCAACUACUUCUACCACAGGGAGACCGAGGGAGAGGAGCAGGCCAAACUCUUAGAAGUUAGUGAACCAAACAUUAGUGAAAGCAACUCUAGUCGCCGCAGCUCGUCCACAGUCAGCAAAUCCGAAUACAUGGAAAUUGAUGGAGACAUUAAUAAUAGCAUCGACAAUUUUAGAGAGGCAAACCUCAGAACUGGCAAUUGCACUCUAGCAAACCAAAACUGUGUAAAUAAAAGCAAGCUGCUCACAGAUGUGUAGAAUCGAAUGAGAAAACAUGGGACGUACAUGAUGCCGUCACACGUUGAGUACACCAUCCUUUUUGAAUGCUUCAUUCGCCUCCUAUAAGCGCUCUAGCAUUAUGACAACAACCAUGUUCAACAAUUCGAAAGGAAUUAUUUGAAAGGACAAAAAUAUGAAAAUGAAACUGUUAUUAGAGAAUACGACAGAUAGAGUAAUUCAUUAUUUUAAAAUGAUCAUUCAAAUACGUAUUAAAAAAAUAUAAAAAAUAAACAUCAACUUCUAUUUAACACGCACACGCAUAAUCGCGCGCCCCUUGGAGGACGACUAACCAACACCACUUAGACGACAUGUCUGUUUUUAUCAGACAAAGCCAGGCGUGAUAAUUAAAACGUUAUGCAUCGGUACAGAUAACAUUUUAGCAAGUGCACACUGCAUCAAGGAUAAAAUGCAUCAUAAAUGCCAUCUGCUGCAAAGAGAGAGACACGCAAGUCAGGAUCUGCAGCACCCAGUCAGUGGUCAGGCCGACCGACACCUGGCCUGAAGUCCGAGGCGACUCCUCUACCCCUCUGUCAUCAAAGGAUCUACUAUCCAGCAAAGCACCUUAUGGGAAACAUACUGAUAACGGAGGAUCACUGAUCUCCUGGUUUGGAUGUUAAAAAGAGGCUGAUGAUCUACUUGCCUCAGUCUGAUAGACCUACGGACAUCCGCAAUGCUGCUAUUUUCCAGCAGUAAAAUGCUGUAAUUACGAUAUCAGCAAGUGGUUCAAUGUCAUUUUUGCCCGUUAGAUGCAAGACAGCACAAUGAUAUAACAGAAGAGCUUCACAUGAGCAUGUUUAGAAGAGACUCCCCAUACAUUUUGAUAUUGGCAUGCGUGAUGAUGAGACAUAACCUUAUAAUAAUGCUAAAGAAUAUAUAUUUAUUUAGGAUUUUUCCAUUCCCCUAUGCCUUCAUUCGAUUCCCCUUUAUUAUUCGUUUUAACUUAGAGUGCAGCACUGGUUUGAAAUAGUUUUUGAUUUGAAAAUUCCUAAUUAUUUAGCGAGUGAAUGUUAAAAAAAAUCUUAAGGGAAACAGUAACUAAACGAAGAUCAUAGCAUGAGAAAAAGUAAACUGCAUUACGGCCUAUCGACUAAGGUACUGUGUAUCCUAGUAUAUCUAAAUGCAUGACGUCAGUAUUCAGCUUGUUGCAAUUACAGACACUCUGAAACGUGUAUCAUACUGUCAUGGAAACGAAACGUGGAAACUUUAAAAAAUCUCUGAACCGUUUCUGAAAUGUGACAAAAUAUAUCCAAAAACCCAACUCGGGGAUGCUGACUUUCUAAUUUAAAACGUAGGAGAUCAAAGAAGCAGAAUAAAUACUUAUUAUCAAAAUGCAUAUACUCAUAAAGCACCAAGUUACAGUAUUACUUCAAUAGUGCAGUGCAUGGACCUUUGAACAUAGAAAAAGUAAACCUAUUAUGAGUCAGGCCUUCCAUUUCACCACUAAAUUUAGGGAUGUGUUUGUUUGUUUUCACAAACAAAACAACGGAAACAACUCUUAUUUCACUGAAAUUAGCCUUUGUUUAAUAGAUAUUGCCAAUCAUAAUUUUGUACAUUAGUUGCUAGUGCCUUUACCCAGCUCACCAUGCAACAGGCUCAGUGAAAGUGCCUCUGUGUAUGUAGCCUACAAUGGAAAUCCAUGACAAGUUGAACAGAUCGGAUGCAAAAGAUCUUGCUUGCUUCAGCACUAUUAUGCUGUUAUUAUUGUUGUUGAUGAUGAGGAUGAUGAUGAUUGAUGAUUCUGAUCAUUAUUAAUACAGUCAGAGAAUGUUUGGUGAGAACAACCAUGGAAGUGCACUACCAACAUGAUCCGUAGUUGAGUUGACCCAAGACUCUAGAACAAGAUUCCCACAACCCCCCCCCCUGUAGUACUUUAUGCUUCUCCAAACAUGCACCACUUCAAGUCAAAAGUGGAUAUCCAUCGCUUUGCUUUGCUUGUGUUGCUGUUGCUAUUGAUUUAUGUGCCAUAAGUCUUUUAAAUGUGUCUACCUCAGUGAGGUCACUGCAGAGCUCACUGCAGAGCUGCAAGCCAGGCUAUUCUUCGAUGCAUAAGCAUGUAAAAUGGCCUCUUAAGUGGAGUAGACUGUGGUCAUCAGGGCCUGUGUUUAUAAAUGGUCUCAGAGUGCUGAGUGCUGAUCUAGGAUUAGGUCCCCCACUGUCCAUGUAAUCUUAUUCAUUAUGACCUCAAAGACUAAUCUGAUCCUAGAUCUGUACUCCUACUCUGAGAUGCUUCAUGAACACAGACCCUGAUGUUAAACUCUUAGAUUGGCCCCUAAAAGUAGCCUUAGAGAAGCACUUAGGUCUUAGGACAUACUGUACCAACCACCCUUACCCCUAUCCCAUUUUCCCUUCCAAGCUACGCACAAUCAAAAAAAAACAAAAAAAAA